GUCACAGAGCAAAAAGCCCAUGAACAACGCCAACAAGACACAAGUGAUGGUCUUUGAACUCUCUGGUCUAACUGAUGACAGAGAACUUGCCCCGUACCUCUUCGUCUUCUUUUUGCUCGUCUACAUGAUUACCAUAUGCGGAAAUAUUGGAAUGGUUGCAGUCGUACACAUUUCGCCCAACCUUCACACCCCGAUGUACUUCUUCUUGAGCUAUCUCUCUAUGGUGGACCUCUUCUACUCUUCAGUUGUAACUCCCAAAAUGUUUUUUGAUCUUCUGUCUGACAAGAAAUUCAUCUCAUUCAUUGGUUGUGCCCUUCAGUUCUACUUUUAUGUUGCUCUGGCUAGUAUAGAGGUCUUUGUCCUUUCGAUCAUGGCGUAUGACCGAUAUGUCGCUAUCUGCCACCCUCUACACUACGUCCUAAUAAUGACAAUGAAGAAAUGUCUCGGUCUUGUCCUUCUUACUGUUUCUGUUGGCUUUGGACACUCAUCGGCACAGACUGGUUGCCUCUUCAGUCUCGAAUACUGUCAAUCGAACCUUUUAGACCAUUUUUACUGUGAUAUCUCUCCAGUGGUCCGGUUGUCUUGUUCUGAAACGCGUACCUGCACCUACAUUACCCUGUUCUUUGUGUGUUUUUUUACCUUAAGUUCUCUGACAACCAUCUUGGUCUCUUACACCCUCAUUAUAUCUUCCAUUUUAAGGAUAAAGUCUUCGGCUGGCAGGAAGAAAGCGUUUAGCACCUGCUCCUCACAUCUUAUGUGUGCCACCAUCUUCUAUGUUACAGUUUUCUGUACUUAUCUUCAUCCAUCCUCCACCGGCCAGGAGAAACAAGACAAAGUGGCUUCUGUCUUCUAUGCGGUGGUCACGCCAAUGCUGAAUCCUCUUAUCUACAGCUUAAGGAACCAAGAGGUCAAAAGGGUCAUCAUAAGAUUGGCGCAGAAAAGUCCCAAUAAACGUAUCUAACAGCGUGACUCCUAUCCAUCUUCAACGUACCUAGUUCAACGUGUGGUCAACAGAAACCUGUGUUACAAGA